AUGGCUACCAGGGAUGGUGCCUUCCCAGUAGCAGCCCUCUACUGGUGGAACAAGCUGCUGGAGGAGGGUCUUCGUGGUGUAGAUGGACAAAUUGGCGCCCGAGGAAAAUCCGGGCCAAUGGGAGUGGUGGGGCCUCUUGGCCCUGUGGGAACUGCUGGUUUAGCUGGGUACCCGGGAAGAGAAGGUCCAGUAGGAUCUGAAGGGCCAUUAGGGGAGAAAGGAGAGAAGGGUGAAUCCGGAGAUCCUGGUGGAACUGGUGUCAGAGGGCUGGAUGGAGAGCAGGGUCCCCCAGGGCUACCUGGAAGGGAAGGUCAAUCAGGAUCAAAAGGGGAACAGGGCAAUAAAGGACCACCCGGGAAUCCAGGUGUCCAAGGAAGCCUUGGAGAGGUGGGAGAGAAGGGGCUGAAAGGGCAGCUUGGGAGAUCUGGAGAGUCGGGGCCGGAGGGUGAUGAUGGAGAUCCUGGGGAUCUUGGAGAGCCAGGGCCCAAGGGUGAAAAGGGCACAACUGGCUCCAGAGGCUCUUUUGGACUGCCUGGCUCUAGCGGAGCAACAGGAGAAGUUGGCAGAAAAGGACAGAAAGGACAAAAGGGCCAAGAAGGAUUCCUGGCAAGUACUCUCAGUUCUGCUUGA